AUGGCUAUUGAUACAGAUGAUAAAAUAACAAAGAAUUAUUUAACAUUCUAUGUUAAUCGAAAAAAAAUUAUCGAAAAACAUGCCGAACCAAACUGGACAUUAGUGUAUUAUUUAAGAACAAAAUUAAAUCUAACUGGGACGAAAGUUGGUUGUGGCACAGGUGGUUGUGGUUCAUGUACUGUUGUUAUCUCCAAAUACAAUCCUUUGACAAAAUCAAUCGCUCAUUUUAGUGUUAAUUCCUGUUUGACACUUUUGUGUACAUUGGAUGGUUGUCAUAUUGUUACUGUCGAAGGUCUUGGUACAACACAUGAACCAAAAGGUACUCUACAUCCGAUACAACGAACAAUUGCAGAAAAUUAUGCUUCACAAUGUGGUUUUUGCACACCUGGUAUGUGUAUGUCACUGUACGAUACAUUGGCAAAUUGUUGCAAGGAUAAACGGCUAACACUUCAUGAUAUUGAAGACACAUUUAAUGGUAACCUUUGUCGUUGCACAGGUUAUCGACCUAUUUUAGAUGGUGCGAAGAAAUCUUUUGCUGACAAAGAGAUUUGUGAGGGAUUAAUAGUGGAAUUCCCAAAAGAAUUAGGCGAAGAAUAUGUCUCAAAACCGAUUCAUCUUCAAGGUACAAACAUUGAGUUUUAUCGACCGACCGCAAUGGGUCAACUGUUCGAUUUACGAAAACAAUUUUCCAACUCUGACGAAAUAUAUUUCAUCGCUGGCAAUACGGGAGAAACAUUCGAUGCUAUCGUUCAUCAACAUCGCUAUUCACGACUUGUUCAUCUAACUGGAAUUUCCGAAUUACAACAGUUGUCCGAACAAUCGAAUGGUCUCUCAAUCGGUGCGUGUGUAACUAUAUCACAGUUAAAAGAUCAUGUCCAACAAUAUCAAGAACAACAACUCUUUCGAAUCUUGUCGGAACAACUUGAUUUCAAUGCUGAUCGCCAGAUACGAAAUCAAGCAACUGUUGGAGGACAUGUGUUAAAUCAUAGUCGCAAACACACUUCUGAUAUCUUGCCAAUUUUCUAUGUAUGCCAAACAAAAUUACGAUUCGUUCAUUUGUUAAAUAAAAAAGAAAUUGAAAUCAAUAUUCAAGAUAUCAAGACAACAGAUCUGAAUGACCUCUUACUCGUGUCAAUCUUUAUUCCAUUUUUAAGUACUGAUGAAUACCUUCAAUCUUAUAAACAAGCACAUCGACGGAAACAUGAUACUGGCAUUGUCACAGGUGCGUUUCGUUUGAAAUUGAAUGAAAAGACACAGCGGAUCCAAUCGUUUUAUAUGGCAUUCGGUGGUUUUGGUGAUGGUGUUAUUCUGGUGCCUGAAAAGACAAUGGAUUACGUAAAUAAGGGUGAACUUGAAUGGACAAAAUACGAGGUCAUGACAAACGUUAAGAAUCAUCUUUUAGAAGACGUACAGCUGGAUAAGUUUUCGGAAAACGGACAGCCGGAAUAUCGUCGUGCUUUGGUAAUUUCAUUCUUAUUCAAAUUCUAUCUUCACGUUGCUAAUCAAUCCGCAGAACUUUUUCAAAAACAACGUCCUGUCUCUCAUAGCGAACAAAUAUUCGACACUUCAAAACAAACCAAAUACGUUCAUCAACCAUCCAUCCAUCACAAUGCUUAUAUUCACGCGACCGGUGAAGCAAAAUAUGUUGACGAUCUCCCUUCAGCACACAAUACACUUCAUGGUGCACUUGUUUUUAGUACUAAAUGUCAUGCAAACAUUUUAUCAAUCAAUGCAGAAGAAGCUGAAUCGACUCCAGGUUUCGUCAAAUUCUAUACAUAUUAUGAUAUUCCACCGACCGGUUCAAAUCGAUUUGGUUCAAUAGUAAAAGAUGAAGAAGUAUUUCCUUCAAAAACUGUGCAUUGUAUGGAUAUGGUCAUUGGAUUGUGUGUUGCAGAUACGGAAGAACAUGCAAGACAAGCAGCACGAUUAGUUCGCAUCGAAUAUGAAGAAUUAACUCCUGUGAUUCUAACAAUUGAUGAAGCUAUUGAACACGAAAGUUAUUUAGGGCCACCUGGUCAACAAGAACCAGUUUUAGAAACUGGAAAUAUUGAAAAAGGUUUUAACAAGUCAGAUCAUGUUCUCGAAGGAACGUUUUAUAGCGGUGCUCAAGAACAUUUCUAUAUGGAACCAAAUGCUUAUCUGGCGCAACCAAUCAGUGAAGGGCAUUAUACACAAUUACAUCUAUAUGCAUCAACACAAGGAGCAAGUACAGUUCAAGAAUCAGUCGCAGAAGCAUUAGGUCUCAAUUCGAAUGAAGUCAUUUGUCAUGUUUUGCGCGUAGGUGGUGGUUUCGGCGGUAAAGAAUCACGUAACAUUAUUCCAUGUAUAGCAACGGCUCUCGCUGCAUACAAUUUGCAACAACCAGUACGUUUGUGUCUUACGCGUGAGGAAGAUAUGAAAUUAACUGGUCACCGUCAUCCAUUUAAAUUUCAUUACAAAGUUGGUUUUAUGAAAGACGGUCAAUUGAAAUCCGUCGACCUUCAACUUUUUGCCAAUGGCGGUUGCACAACCGAUUCAAGUUUAUUGAUGCUUGAACGCGCAAUGUUACACUGCGAUAAUAUUUACAAAUGUGAAAAUAUGCGAGUAAGAGGACGCGUCUGUCGAACCAAUUUACCAAGUAACACAGCGAUGAGAGGAUUUGGUGGUCCUGAAGCUCUCUUAGUAGCAGAAGUGAUUAUCGAUCAUAUUCACAGUUAUUUACAAUUGAAUGAUGAUCCAUCAAUUAUACGUGAAUUGAAUAUGUAUAAACCAGGUGAACGUACAUAUUUUAGUCAAGAGUUAGAGAAGAAAGAUUGGCAUGUACCGCAAAUGUGGAAGAAAUUAAAAGAAUUAGGACAAUAUGAACAACGUUUGAAAGAUGUGAAGGAAUUCAAUAAACAAAAUCAAUAUCGAAAACGAGGAUUGAGUAUAAUAGGAACUAAAUUUGGUAUUGGAGCACCAUCAGCACUGUUUUUUCAUCAAGCUGGUGCAUUAGUCACAAUCUACAAAGAUGGCAGUGUUUUGAUAACGCAUGGUGGCAUUGAAUUAGGUCAAGGACUUCAAAUAAAAAUGAUUCAAAUUACUGCUGAACAACUUGAUAUCGAAACCGAAUUAAUUCGUUUUCACGAAACAGCGACAGAUAAAAUACCGAAUGCAACACCAACUGUUGGAUCGUUAUCAGCAGAUCUGUACGGUCCUGCACUAAUCAAUGCUUGUGAGCAAAUAAAUAAAAAUCUUGCACCGAUAAAACGAAAACAUCCAGCCUCAUCAUGGAAGGAAUUAAUCGAACGAGCGUACCAGGAACGUGUCCCAUUGUCCGCACACGGUUUUUAUGGUGUACCCGAGAAAUUCAUAAAGUGUAAUUAUGCGAAAAAUGAAAUUAAUUUUAUGUAUUUCACACAAGGAGUCGGUAUGAGUGAAGUAGAGAUUGAUUGUUUAACUGGUGAUUUUCAUAUUAUACGCACUGAUAUUUUAAUGGAUUUUGGAAAAUCAUUGAAUCCAUUUAUUGAUAUUGGACAAAUUGAAGGGGCAUUUAUGAAAGGUGUUGGUUAUUUGACUAUGGAAGAACUCAUUCAAGGUGACUCUCAACAUUCAUGGAUAUCCCAACCGGGCUCCCUGCACAAUGCCGAUCCAAAUAAAUAUAAAUUACCAAUGGCAAACGAUGUGCCAAUUGAUUUUCGUGUUACACUUCUAAAUGAACAUGAAAUGAGUGAUCAAGCUGUUUGUUAUUCGUCAAAAGCAGUCGGUGAACCACCUUUAUUUUUAUCGGCAACUGUCUUUUUAGCGAUUAAGCAGGCGAUUGCAGCUUAUCGCACUGGACGAGAACCGUUCCUAUUGAACGUUCCAUUAACAUGUGAACGAAUACGAAUGGCAUGCAAAGAUGAAAUAGUCGAUUCCGUUGUUACAGAAGACAAAGAUCAUAUGUUUUAUGCAUGUGGCAGCUUUUAA